AUGGAUGGGAUGAUGCUGUGGUUCUUUCUGAUGAUGCUUUUGUUGCCUCACGUAGUGGGCAAAAUUGAUAAUACGAAUGGCCCAAUGCCUGAAUCCCUCCCUGUUCUGCAUGAGUGGUAUGAGACUGGUGACCUAGUUAUUGGUGGGAUUGCUUCGCAUAUCAUUUACAUUUUCGAUGAUGUUUCCUUCAAAGAAAAGCCAUCGCAGAAGAUCUUUAACAUUCCAUAUAUGGUGACAAAGUUCUAUCAACACAUCCUGGCCUUGGCAUUUGCUGUGAAAGAGAUAAAUGAGAAUCCCAGGAUCUUGCCAAAUGUCACACUCGGGUUCCAUAUCUACGACAGCUACUACAAUGCAAAGAUGUCCUACCUUAGCACUCUCAAACUCCUUUUCAAAUCCUCUAAAUUUGUCCCCAACUACAAAUGUGAUUCCCAGAAAAAUCUCAUAAGCAUCAUUGGGGGAUUUGGCUCUGAUACCUCUUUCCAAAUGGCUGAGAUCAUAGGCCACUACAAGAUUCCACAGGUUUCUAAAUUAUGUCUGCCAUUGACUCCUGUUCGGUCACCAGCUUUAGUUCCUCUGAUCUCUCCACCAUUUUUCCUGCUUCUUUUCCUCAUGAUUGUGUUUGAAUUUGCCUUUGCUCUUGGAGUUGAAAAAAAGUUUCUCACCUAUGGCUCCUUUCCUCCAGAGGAAAGUCUCACAAGUCAUGCACGAUCCUUCUACUGCAUGGUUCCCAACUCAGCUCUUCAGUACACAGGAAUUAUAAGACUGCUUAAACAUUUUGGAUGGACGUGGGUUGGACUCUUUGCAGAGGAUGAUAACACUGGAGAAUAUUUCCUGCAUUAUAUGGACACAUUGCUUACCCAGAAUGGAAUUUGUUCAGCUUUCCGAGAGAGAAUCCCACAAGAGCCACAUUUAGAUAACCUUGAUGAAAUGUAUGAGAAGUGCUUGAGAUUGUAUGCAGUAUUCACAGAUAAUACCGUCAGUACAUACAUAAUCCAUGGAGAAUCUUUGGCAAUCGCAUGGUUGAGAACAGUUAUAUUUUUGCGAGAAGCUGCAGAUGAUGGACUUAGAUCAAUUAUAAAAGUGUGGAUUAUGACAUCUGAGAUUGAAUUCAUAUUAUUUGACUUUCAAAGGGGUUGGGACCUUCAACUUUUCGAAGGUGCCAUUUGCUUCACAAUUAAUUCAAAUGAUCCUUUGGGUUUCAAGGAAUUUCUUCAGAGUAGAAAACCUUAUUGUAACUUGAGAGAUGGAUUUCUCAUGGACUUCUGGGAGAAAGCAUUUGAUUGUAAACUUCCAGAAUCCCAUGUCUCAAUGGAAGGCAGUGAAACCUGCACGGGGGAAGAGACUCUGGAGAGCCUUCCUGAGCCUCAGUUUGAAAUGCUCAUGACUGCCCACAGCUACAGUAUCUAUAAUGCUGUCUAUGUUGUGGCCCAUGCACUACACACCAUGUAUUCUGUUUGGUCCAACUAUAGAGCAAUGGGGAGUGGAAAAAACUUUGAACUUCAGGAAUUGCAGCCUUGGCAGAUUCACCCUUUCCUUCAAACAAUUUCCUUUAACAACUCAGCUGGAAAAACAGUGUUCUUUGAUGAAAAAAGGGAAUGGGGUAGUGGAUUUGACAUAAUUAAUAUGAUCAUGUUCCCAAACAAUUCCUUCCUUCGUGUGAAAGUUGGAAGGGUGGAGGAUGCCAGUUCCCUUGAAGCAAACAGAUUCAUCAUAAAUGAGGAUGUAAUUGUUUGGCACAAAGGUUAUAACCAGGUGCCUCCCCUUUCUUUGUGUAAUGAACACUGCCAGCCUGGUUAUCAGAAGAAAACGAAGGAAGGAGAACAAUUUUGCUGCUAUGAUUGUAUUCCAUGUCCAAAAGGGAAGGUUUCAAACCAGAUUGAUAUUGAUGACUGUUUCAGAUGCCCAGAGCAAGAGCAUGCAAGCAAAGACAGAAGUGACUGCAUCCCUAAGACAAUAACCUUUCUAUCUUACCAAGAGCUUUUAGGGAUUAGUUUAGCCGUGAUUGCUGUUUCCUUUUCCCUGAUCUCAGCCUGGGUGUUGGGAACUUUUAUUUGGCACAGAGAUACUCCCAUAGUCAAAGCCAACAACCGGGACCUCACGUACAUGCUGCUCAUCUCCCUCCUGCUCUGCUUCCUCUCUACGUUGCUGUUUCUUGGAAGACCUAACACAGUGACCUGCCUCCUCCGACAACCAACAUUUGGCAUUGUCUUCUCAAUGGCUGUUUCUUGUGUGCUUGCGAAAACCAUCACAGUGAUUGUAGCUUUCAUGGCUACCAAACCAGGGUCCAGCAUGAGGAAGUGGGUGGGGAAAAAACUGAGCAACUCCAUUGUCCUUUCCUGCACUGUUUUCCAAGCAAGUGUUUGUACUGUAUGGCUGACCACUGCUCCCUCAUUCCCUGAUUUAGACAUGAACUCUGUAGCAGAGGAAAUCAUUGUGCAAUGUAAUGAAGGCUCCGUUGCAAUGUUUUACUCUGUCCUGGGCUACUUGGGCCUCUUGGCUAUUGCCAGCUUCAUUGUGGCAUUCUUAGCCCGCAAAUUACCAGAUACGUUUAAUGAAGCCAAGUUUAUUACCUUCAGCAUGUUGCUCUUUUGCAGUGUUUGGCUGUCUUUUUUCCCAGCCUACCUGAGCACAAGUGGAAAAUAUAUGAUGGCUGUGGAGAUCUUCUCCAUCCUGUCCUCCAGUGCUGGCUUAUUGGGCUGCAUCUUUGCCCCUAAAUGUUACAUCAUAAUGCUGAGGCCUCAGAUGAAUAGCAAGGAGCAACUCAUAAGGAGAAAGAAUUGA